GUGGGGAGCGUAGCGGCGGCGGAGACCACUGCACCGUCUGAAAGGAGGGUGGCGGGGAAAGGGUCUUCUGGUCUCUUCGUUCUCCGCCUUUCCGUGGCGAAGGUGCUCUGGUUCGGUUAAGGAUCCAGUCCGAUGGGUAAUGUAUGAGGGCACGUGUGUGCGUUCUGCUCGAAACGAUUGAAACUUGGCAUGGUCUCGGGAAAGGCAGACUUAUGCGGGAAGACGAUUGUGUCCAAAGCUGCAAUACUGCUACUUGCCAGGGCUCCUUUGUCUCAUAUCCCUGCAAAUACUACUUUCACAUUCUCUUGUUUUGCCGUCUUAGGAUUUCUCUCCUAUGCCUUACCGAAUUUACAUCACGGAGAAGCUAGGACCUGAAUGAGCUAUGUUUAGAGGAGAUUGCUGAGAGUAACACUGGUAAAGAAAACUUUUUCCCCCAAAGAAAAUAAUAUAGUUCAGAAGGAAAAAUAAAAAGAAAUUGCUGCACAUUUUAUUUUACAAUGUAAGAAAAAUCUACAGUUUCUUCAAGACUCUAUAUUAAGGAAGCAAUCAUGUUUCAUGAGUCCUCAAAACUGUGAGACAAGAGAAUGUAGUAGAGUGAGCUCAGAAGUCCUUACUGACCCAAAGAACUCCCGGGAAACUGGGAUAGAACAUUUUACAUUAUAAGUAAAACCCCUGGAGCCAGAGGUGAAACACGUUUAUCUGCAGAGCUCCGCUGCAGGGCUGAUGUGGGUCUGGAAGAAAUGGAUGAGAGCCACUGGAUGAAAUUCAUUAAUACUAGACAUCUGAGUCCUCUAAGAUUUGUGAAUGAACUUUGCUAAGUAUGGAUUCAGGUGGAGGAGGCAGUCUUGGAUUGUACACAUCAGACUCUAGAAUGGCCCAUACCAUGAUUAUGCAAGAUUUUGUGGCUGGAAUGGCUGGUACUGCGCAUAUCGAUGGAGACCAUAUUGUUGUUUCAGUUCCUGAGGCUGUAUUAGUUUCUGAUGUUGUCACAGAUGAUGGGAUAACUCUUGAUCAUGGCCUUGCAGCUGAAGUUGUUCAUGGGCCUGAUAUCAUCACUGAGACCGAUGUAGUAACAGAAGGUGUAAUUGUUCCUGAAGCUGUACUUGAAGCUGAUGUCGCUAUUGAAGAGGAUAUAGAGGAAGAUGAUAGUGAUCACAUCUUGACUUCUGAGCUAAUUACAGAAGCCGUUAGAGUACCUGAGCAGGUUUUUGUGGCUGACAUUGUUACUGGUCCUGAUGGACACUUAGAACAUGUGGUCCAAGAUUGUGUUUCAGGAGUUGACUCUCCCACAAUGGUAUCGGAGGAGGUUCUUGUAACUAAUUCAGAUUCAGAAACUGUGAUUCAAACAGCUGGUGGUGUUCCUGGAUCUACAGUUACUAUUAAAACUGAAGAUGAUGAUGAUGAGGAGGAGGAGGAUGUCAAGAGCACUUCUGAAGACUACUUAAUGAUAUCAUUGGAUGAUGUUGGGGGGAAAUUGGAGCAUAUGGGGAACACACCAUUAAAAAUCGGCAGUGAUGGUUCACAAGAUGUUAAAGAAGAUGGAUUUGGUUCAGAAGUAAUAAAAGUGUAUAUAUUUAAAGCUGAGGCUGAAGAUGAUGUUGAAAUAGGUGGAACAGAAAUUGUCACAGAGAGUGAGUACACCAAUGGACAUUCUGUAGCUGGAGUGCUUGACCAGAGCCGAAUGCAACGGGAGAAGAUGGUUUACAUGGCGGUUAAAGAUUCUUCUCAAGAAGAAGAUGAUAUCAUAGAUGAAAGAAGAGUUUCAAGAAGGUAUGAAGAUUGUCAAGGAAAUACUUUGGACUCAACAUUAGAAAACAGAAGUAGUACAGCAGCACAGUACCUUCAAAUUUGUGAUAGCAUUAAUACAAAUAAAGUACUUAAACAAAAAGCCAAGAAGAGGAGAAGAGGAGAAAUGAGGCAGUGGCAAACAGCUGUUAUAAUAGGCCCUGAUGGACAACCCUUGACAGUAUAUCCUUGCCAUAUUUGCACAAAAAAGUUUAAAUCAAGGGGAUUCUUGAAAAGACACAUGAAGAAUCAUCCUGAUCAUUUGAUGAGAAAAAAAUAUCAGUGUACAGAUUGUGACUUUACAACUAACAAGAAAGUGAGUUUCCAUAACCACUUAGAAAGCCAUAAGCUUAUAAACAAAGUUGACAAAACCCAUGAGUUUACAGAAUAUACACGAAGAUACAGAGAGGCUAGUCCACUGAGUUCAAAUAAACUUAUACUAAGAGAUAAGGAGCCGAAGAUGCACAAGUGCAAAUACUGUGACUAUGAAACUGCAGAACAAGGACUAUUAAACAGACAUUUACUGGCUGUUCACAGCAAGAAUUUUCCACAUGUUUGUGUUGAGUGUGGGAAGGGCUUUCGACAUCCUUCUGAACUCAAAAAACACAUGAGAACCCAUACUGGUGAGAAGCCAUAUCAGUGUCAGUAUUGUGUUUUCAGGUGUGCAGAUCAAUCAAAUCUGAAAACUCACAUUAAGUCUAAGCAUGGUAACAAUUUGCCAUAUAAGUGUGAGCAUUGUCCCCAAGCAUUUGGUGAUGAAAGGGAGCUUCAACGCCAUUUGGAUUUAUUUCAAGGACAUAAGACACACCAGUGUCCUCAUUGUGACCAUAAGAGCACCAACUCAAGUGACCUAAAGCGGCACAUCAUAUCUGUCCACACUAAGGAUUUUCCUCACAAAUGUGAGGUUUGUGAUAAAGGUUUCCAUCGUCCUUCUGAGCUCAAAAAGCAUAGUGAUAUCCAUAAGGGUAGGAAGAUUCAUCAGUGUAGGCACUGUGACUUUAAAACAUCAGAUCCAUUUAUUCUUAGUGGUCAUAUCCUUUCAGUUCAUACUAAGGAUCAGUCAUUGAAGUGUAAAAGGUGCAAGAGAGGGUUCAGACAACAAAAUGAGCUGAAAAAGCAUAUGAAGACCCACACUGGAAGGAAGAUUUACCAAUGUGAGUAUUGUGAGUACAGUACAACAGAUGCAUCUGGCUUUAAACGACAUGUGAUAUCAAUACAUACAAAAGACUAUCCACACAGGUGUGAAUUCUGCAAAAAGGGAUUCCGAAGACCAUCAGAAAAAAAUCAGCAUAUUAUGAGGCACCACAAGGAGGCUCUUAUGUAAUAAGACCAAUAUAAAGAAAGAAACUCUGGAAAAUAUGAUAUGCUACAUAGCAGUAAAACUUCAUAAACCUUUUCAUCUGGUUACAAAGUUGAUAUUAAAUCAUAACUUUACAUUCUUUGUAUUAAAAAUAUUUGAAUUGACAGGGUAUCUCAUAGCCCUUUGAAAAUUACUUAAAGAAUUUAAGAAGCACCAUAGAAUGGUUGUAGAAAACCCUAUUAAGUGUCAAUUUAAUAGGAUUAUAUGCAUAAACUACAGAAGGGAAGAGCAAAGACAAUGACUUUAUUUGGCUGAUCAUACUAGAAACAUGAUUCUGAAAAAAAUCUUACAUAAUUUAGGAGUUUAGCAAUGCUUUGCUAUGACAAGCCUCACUUUUAUGCAAUUUUAGAAAUGGGUGGGAAAUAAAAUGCAGUCAUCCAUCAGGCAUUUUGUCAUUGAGCCUUUUAUAUGGUACCUGGAAAUUGAAUUCCAGAAAUCUAAAAGUUUAUGUAUUCAUUAAAAUAACUUUCACUGAAAAACAGGUUAGAUUAAUUCAAUACUAUUAAAAAGAAUUUCAGAGCUGCUAAAGUUUUAUCACAGGACAGGAUGUUUAAAAUAAAGCAUUCUGUGCUAAACUCUGAGGAUUAAAGUUCCCUUUUUUAUGCUGUUUGAGUUGGUUAUUGUUCAGUAUGGCAUAUAUGACAAGCAUAUAUUUGAGUCAAAUAUGGCUUUCUAAAACGAAUGCAACCAGUAGUGUUGCAAACAAAGUUAGCACUAUAUUUCUUAAUGAUCUAAAGAUUAAAUUGAGAGAACUCAGUUUUCUUAAAUAUUAUAAUGUUUAGGGUUUUUUUUAGGACAAUUAGCAAGUAUGAUGGUUCUAGCCUUACUUGCUCUAAUGUUUAAAGGUGCAAUUUUAUGCCAUUCUUGAAAAUUUUGAUUUUUAAAAUCUAUAUAUAUACCAUAUAAUUAACAUGCAUUUUCAAUACGAGGCAGUGUUUAUGCAGUAUUUAACAAAACACUGUGCUGCCAAUAGAAUUCAGAAGUGGAUAUUCAGUUUACAGUGUAUAAAUUUAAAAUAUGCAUCCCUUUAACAACGCUUUGUGUUAGCAUGCUGGAAAUCAAAAUGGCGCUUAAUAUAAAAAGCUGGUUUAGGGAAAUUUAAUGAAAUCCUGUUCAUAAAUGUAUUGCAUAUGAUGUGUACUUUUAAGUUUUAGUUGCUUCAUGUUUACACUCAGCUGUUCAACAUUAUUAAAAUGUAAUUUUACUUCAUACUAUAUUGUGGCUUUGUAUUUCAACUAAUGUUCACCUUUCUGUUUUUUUGCACCAGAUAAGAAUCAGUUUCUUGAGAAUAAAUUUUUUAUCUUUCUUAACUUCAGAAUAUUAAAUUUGGAAAAUCUAAAAUUGUGUGUUAUGUGACUGUAAAUGAUGUACACGCUGUAAAAUAAGAUUGUCUCUGUUACGUGGGAUUAUUUCUAAAUGUUACUCAUUGAAAUGAGCAUACAAUAAAAAGCAUUUAUUGCACUUCAA